UUUCUUUUUGUUACAGUCCAUAAAAUGACUACAAUAACUUCAUCGAGAGGAAAGGCAGAAGUAGUCAGUGCCAGAAGGACAGAAUCACAUGAUAUUCCUGAUAUUAUCAGCCUCAUCAGCAGUUCUACAAAAAAAACUUUUGGAAGGAUUAAUGUCAUAUAUCUUUUAGAAAAAUCAAAUCUUGCUGUGACUCUCAGCAAUAAGAAGAAAGAGUCUAUUGCCCAUGCUUUGUUUUUGGACUAUCCAAAUUGGAAUAUCACUGAUCAGUCUGAUUGGGAAUCAUUCUUACAUGAAAACUACAUUAACAAGUGCACUCCUUUGAACACAUUGUUCUUGCAUCUUUUUGUGGCGAGAGAAGAAUAUGCAGCUGGAUGUUCCCAAGAAAUUGUUAGGACGAUUUUUAAUAUACUUCCAGAACUGCAAUUUGUGCUUCUCUUCAUACCAGCUGAUGAGAAUUUAGACUCAGCCUUGGGAAGUAUCUUUGAAGAGAUGACAACUAUGCCAAGUUCCACAGUGGAUCCAAACUUUUCUUUGCUUGUGUGCCACAGGCAUCAGUAUUACCCACAGCUGUACGUUCGCAAAGCAAGAUUGGAAGAUCAUGAUGAUCUCAUGCCAAUCUUGGCACGUCACCGUGAAACUCUGAAAGAAAUCUAUGGUGAAUAUUUCCUUGUUGAUCUCUUAGAAACUCAAGACGAAAAAAAUCAGGCUGUUGUUGGCGAGGAUGGUGGCAUUGCAGUAGGAUUCAUGAGCUUAUGCUCCCAAGUAAAUAUUUCCUUGCUUCACGAGUGUUUUGACUUAGGGCCCUUCCAUGGACUCUGUAAACCACAUCCUGACGAUAUUCUCAAAAUGCCACAAGAACCAAACUUUCAAGAAGAUGAAGAUAAAAGCAAGCAAGGGAGUCAAGAAGCAGAAUCUGUUCCAUCUCAAAACUUUGAACGUAUUGGUGAUCACGAUGCAGCUAUUCAGAAGGGUGGAGUGAAUACUGUUUCCCAUACUGAACUGGCAUUAGAUGACCUCAGAGGCAAAGAUUUUAAAUUCUCAGCAACACCUGUCUUUGAGACUGAAGAAAAAGAUGGUUUUCGUCCAGUGUACCGAGGCGUUUCAAAUGCUUUCUGUAUUCGUCUGUUUUGUAUAGACAAGAAACAUGAAACUAGAUCACUGGAUUUAUUGCAUUAUGUUUUCCAGCUUUUUCCAGACAAAGACUUCUGUAUCAUCGUUGUGCCACAUCUUGCACCAGAGUUCCAUCUGAUCCAGAGUUUUGUUCGAGUUGUCCCUUUCUCUACUUCAACAUUUAAUCAUGAGCUUUAUGUAUUCCACCGUGCUGGAUUGCUCAAGUCAUUUAAUGUAAGAAGAGCAACAACCAGUGAUAUCCUUGGUGUUGAAAUGCUCAUUAAAACCCUUAGCUUGAAUGAAAGUAUAUUAAAUGACUUGAAGAUGUUUACUCUGGCUCGCAAAGAUCCAGAUGGGACCCCAGUGCAUGCAUUCAUAGCAGAAGCUUUGGAUCAAAUCGUUGGCAUUUCUAUUGUUAAAGAUGAAAUGGAUAUUGAGUAUAUUCAUUCACAUUACAACAUUGAAGAUUUCAUUCAUUUUUAUCACCACCAACGAGAGGAACAUGGACAUCUUUAUCACUUUGUGUUAAAUCCCAUAUUUCAUCACUAUACCAAACAUUUUUUAAAGGAGAUUCUUCGCUUGGCCCACAAGUCUUCUCUUUACUACCCUAUUUAUCCACAGUAUGUGGAAGGCAAGUUUCAGAAUCCCUGUGCCCAUUCUCUGACAUCUGCCCUUCAUUACAUGGUUCCCGUGCGACCAAGACGACAGAUUGUCUAUCCUCUGGAAGAGCUUGGCAUAAACGCUCCAUCAGAGCAGGUCUCCAAGGAUCAGUUGGGUUAUGCUCUGAAUUACAUAAAUCGAAAGCUGACGCUGGAAUCUAAAGUGUCUAUCAACACUAGAAUUGUGGUGGUUGGUGCAUCCAAUGUUGGCAUCUCUUUUCUGGAAACGCUUAUUUUUUGUCCACAUCUGAAGUUUAACAAUCUGACCUUGAUUUCCAUUCAUGGCCUUCCAGGGAAGAAUCUACCAGGCUCCAAACAUGGAAGAUUUUUAAUUAACAGCCACUGUUUUAAUGAUCAAGAUUAUGCACAGAUGUCACUUUGUUCCUGGGUUAAUGUUGUGGUUGGUAAAAUGACUGGCAUAAACCGAGCUGCCAAACAUGUAGUUGUUUCCAAGGGGAAGAAAGUGCCAUAUGACCACCUUGUCCUCUGUACAGGACAGCAAUACCAGGUCCCAUGUCCUACUGGAGUAGAUAUCAGUAAACUCCCAACGAACAGAGAAGUCGCAAGGAAACAUCAGCAAAGGUACACGGGGAAAGUCCCUUCCAAUCUUUUUCUUCUGUGUGAUGAUCAGGACUGCUUAAAGGCAAUGCGCUGGCUACAAGAAAAUAUUGUCAAUUCGGAAGGGAAUGUCAUUGUCUAUGGGAAUACAAUUGACAUUUACACCACAGUAGAAGCCCUCUUAUCGCUUGGAAUUAACGGUUCUCGCAUACAUCUCGUGCAACCUCCGCUUCACUCGCACGUUACUUGCCUUAACAACAGCGCGAUCGAAAGCGCCGUUGCGGAAGCACUGGCGAGGGCUGGUGUGUCUGUUUAUUUUGACAGCAUCCUGGCAGAGUGGCACGAAGGCGACCACCUGGGCCGUAUGACGUGGGCUUCUUUUACGACUGAUACCAAACCAUUUAAAUUGCACUGUUCGGCCUUUUUUAGCUUUGCCAAUAGGGCAGUGGAUUAUGAAACCUUCAAGGCAAUUAAUGAUGCUUGCCUUGUUUAUGAUGGAAGACUUGUGAUUGAUACCAACUUCCAAACUAAUGACCACAGUAUCAGGGCUGCAGGUCCCUUAACAAAGUUCUCCAAUAGAUACUUUGCAAAUGAAUGGACUCACAGCAACUUCAGUUCGAAAGAGAUUGGCUUCCAGCUUGCUGUGUCUAUGCUGAACUUCCUCGAUCCAACCCUUGAGCCACUUUCUGAGCCACAGAAGGAUGUGGAUAGACUCAUCACCAUGUACAAGGGGUGUAAUGUUAAAGGAGGUGUUCUUCCUGGAGGUUAUCAUUACUUGCAUAUUUCCAAACCAGAAAUCCCUAUGUGCUUGGACAUACAACUUGCACAGUCUAAUUAUGGGAUGGAGAUUAUAACUGGUGAGGCAAGACACGGGAAUUAUUUCAGGAUACAUGUCAAUGAAUACCAUAUGGUAGAAGCUAUCACCUGCUUUUCAGAGGAACCCCUUCCUGUCUCCAACUACAUUUGCUUGUAUGGGCAGCAUGAGCGUCUUCUUAAUGAUCUCUGUUCCCGCUGGAAGGAAAACCUGAUUACAGAUCUCUACAGCUACUUCAGGGAACCUUGGUGUAUGGCCAUCUAUCACGAUCGGUUUAUUGAUCUUAAGAACGAACUGCGCCAAAUCCUAAUGACGAGUGAGGUGAGAAAAAUGACUGGAGAGGGCAUUUUAUUAUUUGGGUAAUUUGUUAGUGUUGUUCAUUUUGGUUUCUUUCCCUAUCUUUCUCCUAAAGCUGUACAUUUCUGUUCUGCUGGUGUCUUUGGGAAAUCUGAACAUAUUCUACACCUAACAGAGGGAUUUCACCAAGUUCAGCGUGGCGGCGCCGCGGCGCAGGGCAGCCGAUCGGAGCUCUCCCCCCUCCCCGCCGUCUCGCACGCGGCGCCGGGCGGCAGGCGAAAGGCAGCGGCGGGUCGCGACUCGGCGAGCCCGUGCGCGCUGCGCUCAGCGGCUGUUUGGGCAAAUGAGCGCUUCCCCUAA